CGUCCAUUGUGAAUGGUUCCCCUUAUUUUUUUGACAGUUUGUCUUCGCACCUUUUUUUCUUUGCCGCAAUUUGACAGAGCUCCUGACGUUUUUACAUAAUAUUCUUCCUAAAGGGUCGAAGUUUAUAUACGAUGUCACUAACGCAAGCUGUACGUAACUGCAGCCGCUUUGCUGCCAAAGCACUGCGUGUAACCGCCGCAGUCUCGUCCACUGCCCAACCACAAAUGCGUAUGAUGCACAGGAUUAGCAUCAACACACCUGCCGUAAGCGUUUUGCUAAAUCAGAAUAAUUCCAUAUGGCAAUCACAAUUUGUGCGAAACUAUUCUGCGAAGCCGCCACUUUCACUUAAAUUGAUAAACGAACGCGUCUUGCUCGUACUGAAACUGUAUGACAAGAUCGACCCCAGCAAGCUCAGCGUUGACUCGCAUUUCAUCAAUGAUCUUGGUCUCGACUCUUUGGAUCAUGUGGAGGUUAUUAUGGCCAUGGAAGAUGAGUUCGGUUUUGAAAUUCCCGAUUCAGAUGCCGAAAAAUUACUCAAGCCUGCUGACAUCAUAAAAUAUGUUGCAGACAAGGAGGACAUCUACGAUUAAGCCGUUAAAAUGAUUAGUUCUAAAAGGAUAGUAAUGCACACAAGUGAAAUGUAAUUUGUUUAAACACAUGAAAUGAGUGUAAUUUACAUUUACUGUUAAACCAAAUACAAACAAAAAACAUACGAA